AAUCUGCGGACUGCCGACUAUGUUAGAUAUUAAACCAGCAUAACAGAACAUUUAUUUGAUGUUAUAUUUAUUAUAUUUAAAGUAUUGGCUUUUACUUGCAUCAUCGGUAGAUUCAUUUUAACUGAAUAAACAAAAUAAUGGCUGGAGGAAAAGCAGCACAAUCAGGAUUUCAACCUGACUCCGAUGUUCAUAUUUCUUUUGAAGAUCAACAAAAAAUCAACAAGUUUGCCAGGCAAAAUGCAAAAAUGGAAGACUUCAAAGAGGAGCUUAAACAAAGAAAAAAUGAUCUACAAAAUUUAAACGAUGCUGUAAGUGAAUUAGAAUUGUUCGACGAUGAUGCUAAAAUCCCAUAUCAUAUAGGAGAAAUUUUUGUCAGUCAAGAUUUGACCAAAACAUUAAGUUGUUUGGAAGAAGCUAAAAAGAAAACAGAAAAAGACAUUGUUGUUCUGGAAGAAAAGUGCACUGAACUGAGAAGUGUUAUGUCUGACUUGAAAGCACAGUUAUAUGCUAAGUUUGGUAACAAUAUAAAUCUAGAAGCAGAUGAAGAAUAAAAAUAUUAUUGGCAACAUUUUAUACUCCAAUCAAAAAUAUAAAAUAACUCAUGCAAAAACUUGUCAUUACAUUAAUGAUAAUAUUAAAUAAUUAAUUAACUGUUUAAAAGUUUUAUCAACUCAAACUGUUUUAAUCUUUAUUCAGUUAUGAAAAGCCGAACAAUCCA